AUGGAGACGUCACUCAGGUAUGGCGGAGAUUCCAAGUCUCUCCGAAUUCACGCCAAGGAAAAAUUGCCCCUUGCGGCCAACGCUCUCUGCCAGCUUGAUGGAGAGCUAGACACCAAACACGGGACUCCAACUUGUGUGAAUGCGAUGAUAAGAUACUUCUACCCUGAUUUAUCAGCGAGCUUUGGUGUGGGAGUUCGAUACAAUAACAAUAAGCGUAAGCUACACUAUAACAUACGUGGGAAGAAGGCAUUUCCAGUAUCCUCCGAUGGAAUGCUGAACUUCAACAUUAAGGGUCGAUACUACUUUGAUGAGGAGUUUAAAGAGUUAAAGUAUACUGGGGCUGCUGAAUUUACUUGGAACAUCUUCAACGUAAAAAAGGAUCAGGACUUGCGUCUCAAGUUUGGAUAUGAUGUUCUUGAUAAGGUCCCAUAUUUGCAGAUUCGAGAAAACAAUUGGACCUUCAACGCUGAUGGAAAUCGGAGAUGGAAUAUAAGGUACGACCUGUGA